AUGUCUCCUCGAAUGGUGACGAAACGUUUGCAAACCAAUUGCCAAGCUCGGCGAACAGAUCAACAGCCACCUGAUCAAUUACCAACCCUCUCACUCUAUGGGGAACGCGGACUCCGGACAGUGUUGCAUGCAGUCAAAUGCCCAAACUCUACCAAGGGUCUUCGUGUGGGCGAACAGAAGAGAGGAAAACAUAAAACAAUCAUUCCGGAAAAAUAUACUCAUUUGCAAACCAAAUUGAUUUUCACACAAGACUCAACUGAAUCGCUCGUUUAUGACAUUCUUCGACUGAAUAUGCAGCACUAA